GCACACACCCACACAACCCCACUGGCUGCUUGCUUUUAUUCCUACCGACAUCCUCAUCUCCAUUAUUUUGCGAUUUUUUGAACACAAAAAACAUUAUAAAACGGGAAGUAUCUAUUUUAUUUACUUAUUUUUUGGGAAGUUUCUGCAACAAAAUGAGAUGAAGAUGCUUGUAUAACUCAGAUGCUUUACAUCAAUGUUGAGUCAUGGACAAGAGCCAAGUCAAGACUUUCUGCACACCAGUCCACUGAGCCUCUCUAGCGCCACCUAUCAGUCAUGAAGCUGCCCCGGCUGUCGGGUGCCACCAUGAGUGCACUGACGACGAUGGUGCCGUACCUGGGCUCAAACGACGCCAUCUAUGAAGACAGUUCCUCCAAGUAUGGAUUCCGCUUGGAAAAAAUGCACUCUGCGUCCAUUAGUAACACAAACAAGGUCAUUUACAGCACCAUCGCGCCCAUUUUCCCCAUCAACAUGUCGGAAUCUCUUCUGACGAAUGAGACUGACGGAAUGGUGGUGCAGUGCGGGGAGAACUUUGAGGACAACAUGGAGUGCUUUAUGAUCCUGACUCCUGGCCAGCAACUGGCCAUUGCCAUUUUGGCCCUGACAUUAGGUACGUUCACAGUGUUAGAGAACCUGAUGGUGCUGUGCGUCAUCUUGCAUUCGCAAACUCUACGAUCCCGCCCGUCCUACCACUUCAUAGGAAGCCUGGCCGUGGCGGACCUUAUCGGGAGCAUCAUUUUCGUCUACAGCUUCCUGGACUUCCACGUCCUCCACAGGAAGGACAGCCCCGAGGUUUUUCUCUUCAAGUUGGCUGGCGUCAUCGCCUCCUUCACCGCCUCCGUGGGCAGUCUCUUCCUCACCGCCAUCGACCGCUACAUCUCCAUCCACAGGCCUGUGGCGUACAAGCGCAUCGUGACCAAAACCAAAGCGGUGGUGGCCUUCAGCCUCAUGUGGAGCGUGUCCAUAGUGUUCUCACUGCUGCCCCUGCUGGGCUGGAACUGCAAGCGCCUCAACUCAGUCUGCUCUGAUAUUUUCCCCCUCAUCGACCAGAGGUACUUGAUGUUCUGGAUCGGGAUGACGAGCAUCCUGCUGCUCUUCAUCAUCUACGCCUACAUCUUCAUCUUGUGGAAAUCGCACCACCACGCUGUGCGCAUGCUGAGCCGCACCUCCCAGAGAAGCAUCAUCGUCUACACAGCCGAGGGCACCAGGGUUCAGACAGUGAGACCCGAGCAGGCCCGGAUGGACCUCCGCCUGGCCAAGACCCUCGUGCUCAUCUUGGUGGCCCUCAUAAUCUGUUGGGGGCCGCUACUCGCUAUCAUGGUUUACGAUCUCCUGGGAAAAGUAGACGACUUCAUCAAGACCGUGUUCGCCUUCUGCAGCAUGCUGUGCCUGCUCAACUCCACCGUCAACCCCGUCAUCUACGCCAUGAGGAGCAAGGACCUGCGAAGGGCUUUCGCCAACAUCUGCCACCUGUGUCGGCGAAGCACGCCUAUGGAUAACAGCGGGGAGAGCGACUGGAACAGCAGGAGCGUCAGGGCCAAAGAUAGCGGAGGCAGUGGUGCCGACAGCCGAGUCAAAGUGGCCAGAGUUUAUAUUUCUGGUGCGCCAGAUCCCACUUCUGGUGCAGAUUCAGUGUGAAUGUCUUCUGACUGUGUCUUGUGAAUAUUGUAAAUAGGCUGAACUUCCUUGUGCACUUCAUUUUGACUGUGGAGCGUGCCAAAGGAGGACCUUGUGAUUCAGACAUUUGAAGAUGAACUCUGCAGCUGCCUCCUUAGGUACACCUGCAGUAUCUAAAAAAAAAAAAAAAACAUGGGGGCAAAUUUUCCAUUCCUCAAUCCAACCUUGAAAGCUUCUGAAAGAGUCUUGUAGAAUUUGUUGCAAUAAUUUAGCACUUGUUCUGAAAAUUGGUCAAUUAAUUGUACUGGAUUUCUUGAGGUUGUGCGGAUGUUCCUUAUGAAUCAUGAAAUGUGCUUUGUUGUACAGGUUUCAAUCUUAAACAUUUUAGGCCAACUUUAUCGCUACUACUGCAUAUCACAGGCGUGGGAAAAGCAUUUUCCCGUCAGAAAGCCAUUACGUUUUUUAUGAAGUCCUCCAAAGGUCAUACUAAAUUGAUGAACAAAUGUUUUAUUUAUCCUUCCAUGCAUUUUCUAUAACGCUUAUUCUGUUCAGGGUCAAGGGGAGUUUGGACACUAUGCCAGCUUACUUCAGGCAAAAGCCCAUUAUUUAUGUAUUUAUUUAUUUAUUUAUUUAUCUAUUUAAUGUAUGCAUUCAAUAUUAUGAGCAUAAAUGUUUUGGUACUCUUAAGGUUUUGCUUUUAUAACUGGGUGGCAUGCAUUAUCAGUGCUGUAAUGUUUUAUGGGCCAUAGGUUCACCCACCACAACAUAGCACAGCAAUAGCAAAAGUGGUGUGGUGGUAGUACUUUCAUAAUAUUCAGUGGAAAAGUAUACUACUAAACCUCUUUAUUUGAAAGUAGCAUCUUGAAAGCAGCCGUGGGUGGUUAUGUAAGAUGUUGUGAUGUUUGGCAUUUCACCUCUUCUGAGUUGUUUACUGUAGAAUUCCUGUAUCGUGUGUGUUUUGCUAAGCGAAAAAUGUGAAAAAUGUUUGGCUUUUUUUUGAUAGCAGAAAAUAUUUGCAGCUAUCACAGGAAUGUUCAGCGUGCUUGUAAAACAUUGUGUGACAAAUUGACACUGCCAUAUUCAUGUCAAGCAUCCAUAGUGCCAUUCUGUCUUUAGUAAAUGCUUAUUUUUCUGAUCAUAAAAUUGUCACAAUAAUAUGUGAUAUGUUUAUAAUAAAACCUUGAAAUGCCACCAAA